AUGGCUCAGUUGUUCGAUUUACCUCUUCAGGUGAAACACAGGAUCUUGGCCUACCUAGAUACCUCUGCUCCCCCCAAUCCCACCAAAUUUCCCUCGCAAAGCAGGCGAUCUGAGCUCGGCCUCUAUGCCUCCGUCUCGCACGAAUGGCAACUCUUCUUCGAAGAUCGACUAUAUGCCCAUUUGGUAUUGACACAACAUUGUCUACGCUACUUCAACAAGCUAGUCCCUCGCCAGAGACAGUUGGUCCGUUAUAUAUGGCUUCGCAUCCUCCUCGGAAAUUAUUAUUGCUCGAAAUGCCUAGGCCCUCAAAAUCAGGAAGUGACAUCUUCAGACUCAGAGGUUUUUUCAAAAUCCAUUUCCUAUCUUUUCUGGCUCCUCAACCCAUUGGACGCAAGUCCGGAAAACGACCUAACCUUGGAAAUCGGCGCCUAUUCGCCUUGCGAUGUGACACAUGCCGUCAAAGGAGACGAAUAUCUCAGCUCAGACUUAGUUGAGAUGCAAGACAUGGUGCACAGUAAAGGACUGCCAGUUGACGAUCUUGCUCACGGAUGGAAAGGCGGUCAACUGGUACAGAGCCAUGAUGCAAACGAUUUCUAUGACAUAAGGAGUGUUCUGAGCUACGAUUUACCCCCUACACACUCUAUACUGUCAGCCGCCCACGGGGUCACCCACUUGAUCAUUCGUCGGACGAUGCGACGGUUUAUCACGGUUCCUCUGAUUCGAUGGAUCCUAGAACGGCUACCUGACCUUCGCCAUUUCAUUUAUGAACCUUGGCGACCACUUACAAGUCCCAGUCAAGGCUUCGUUGACUUAAACCAUGAGAAGAUAAUCUCAGAGUUUCUCCCAAAGACAUUGAAGAAAUUCAACUGGUUCGAAGACUUCAACGAAGAAGCCAUUCGAGUCUGCCGCAAAGACGGCCCAUCGAAUGAGCUUUGGCGUAUCGGGACCGACUGCCAUGCUUCUAGCGUCGCUCUGGCUCGCAAGAGUAUCUCAUUCGAACAACUCACUGGAUGUUACUCCGUUGACGCAGUGCCAUUCUUCCAAGCCCUCGACUUUCGUUGGACUUGGCCCAGCCUCACCACGCUCUCACUGACGUGUAGCCUUUUCGCCAUGCCCGAGAAAUGUGAUGAAAUAGUAACCCUUCUGGAAAGAGUGGGAAUGGCGGCGCAAAGAAUGCCCCAACUCCAAACUCUCGAUAUUUGGUAUGGAAUGAGGCAUCACGCCGCGGCGUUUAGGCACCGGGUUACUGACAGCCUAAUCAUAAUCUCAUGGCUCGGAACAUGGGACCUGAAUUUGGAAGCUCAAGAGGAUGGAGUCGUCGCAACGGCGUGGAAAGCCCUCGCAAGGCUGCAGGGCAACCGAAUUCUCUAUAUUGCCACUUAUCGACCAGUGAAGAUGGAAGAUGUUACAUCCCACGCGGCGGCGAUUCGUCUGCUCGAAAUUGGUCGAAGUGUCAUUCACCCGGCAUCUUUGGAGGAGAUUUCCAGGGAGACUAAGUAUUACUUUCCUACUUGA